UGGAAGAGAGUUUCACUUUGGGUUGAACCUAAGUUUAGAAUUGAUCAGCUAAUUGCCAGAGGGAAAAGAAUAGCCCAAGUGAAAAGAAAACAUUUCUUAAUAUGAAUUGGUUUAGAAGUUACUUCUCUAAGUGUCCUGAGGAUGUUUCUUUAUUCAACAUAAACUCACCUCUGUUGUUUGCACUCACGCCAUCUGAAGAUGAACAUUUUAUUUCCAACUUGAGGAGCCACGCAUCAGCCCGUGCUGUGGUGGAGCAACCUGUCCAUGGAGCCAGCAGUAGGACCACAGUCACAGCGAUUGUCCAGACCGGUGGGGACUGGAGCACUGGCCUCUUCAGUGUCUGCAGAGAUAGAAGAAUCUGCUUUUGUGGUCUGUUUUGUCCGCUAUGUCUUGAGUGUGACAUUGCCAGGCAUUAUGGAGAGUGUCCUUGUUGGCCAUUGUUACCUGGGUCCACCUUUGCACUGAGGAUUGGCACCAGAGAGAGACAUAAAAUACGGGGCACACUGUGUGAGGACUGGCUGGUGGCGCACUGCUGUUGGCCUUUUUCCAUCUGUCAGGUGGCCCGAGAACUCAAGAUAAGGACCUCUGAACUCUAUGAAGUCUGUGCUGUCCCUUCAAUCAAGAACACCAUGAUUUGAUGGAGCAAGAUAACCCCUUGUCCUUAUGUCCCAUGUCUUUCUCUUAAACCCCUCUAGUAGCAAGAUUGUUUUUCUUUUCACCGAAAUGGCAUGAAAACAAAUGAUCCCUCCC